AUGUCGUCCGAUACGAAAGGCACGGCCGCGCAUGCGACGAGCCACGGUAAGCAAGAGCCAGUCCGUGCUCCAUCAGCUCCUUGGACUACGCCGUGCUGCCCCCCAGCGGAACUCAGCAGCAUCGAAGACGAAGAAGAUGCCGACACUGACGUUGCCGCCAUUACGCCUCCGGUCAAGAGCCUCAACAAGAAGCCCCCUGCAAUGGUCGAGUCGCGCAUGACGAACGCGCUUGUCUUUGACCUCCAUACAUUUCUACAAACGUCCCAAGCGGAGGCGGCAUACACCGCCCUGUGGUCGCUGGUCGCACUUGGAAAAAUGCUGCCCACGGCGAUGGUCUUCUCGGAGUGCCUCGAUGUCGCGGAGAACUCGGACUCGUCGUACAAGAAGACGGUCGAGAUCUGCGCGUUGCUCACCGACUAG